GAGCAAGUGACAAUGUAGCGGAGUCUGGCUUUCACGUCCGAGUUGGAAAAUAUUGCAUCAAAUUAUACAAACUUUUAUGUAGUUUUAUAAUUCACAUAUAUUUGUGAUGAGUAGGUUAUGUGUUCACUGGACAUGAGAGGAGUACUAAGAUUGGCUUUCUGUGGGAGACUGACUCAAAAUUACUUUCCUUGAGUUAUUGGAAGGCUACGAUUACUUUUGCUUGGACCUUGGAGGGCUCUCUGAAAACUGUCACCUUCACAUGUAUUUCCGUUUUCUAACAUGCAACAACAACACUGUGUAAGGUUCUGGCCUGCUGGUUCAUGCGGCUCCAUUCCAGCCUUCUCUGUGCUCUGACCACAGCACCUGCCGGGGCCCUCAAGCACAUAAAUGGUAGCUCCACACAACUCCAACCCCUGACAUACUCUGUACAAUAAAAUAUUUAGCAAAUAAAGACCGAAAGAAAGUUGAACAGGAAAUUUAAGCAGCAAAAGAGAUUUUCCGUCUCUCAGGCCUCCCUUGACUUGGCAUCCGUAACCGGACUGGGAGUUGAGACAGCUGAUUUGAGGCUGUGAGUGUCCUCCCAUCUACUGCUUCACAUUCCCUCACCUGUCAGCUGUGUGUGUUUCUGUGAGGACAGUAACUCUGAGGUAGGUUGAUGCGGCUGUGCCUUAGCAUGGCGCUGUGAGGAAGCCGCUGCCUGGACUCUGGACGGACGCCAGUGAAGCGCUUACACACCUUGGACCAUCAUGGGGAAGGAGCAGGACCUACUGCAGGCUGUCAAGAGCGGAGACCUGCCCUCCACUCAGAAACUACUGGCCAAGCUCAAAGCCAGCCGAAACAAGUUGUUGGGCUCCACGAAGAGACUGAACGUCAACUACCAGGAUGGAGAUGGGUUCUCAGCUCUCCACCAUGCUGCUCUGACCGGAACUACAGACCUGCUGUCUGUGCUGCUGGAGGCCCAGGCCACCGUUGACAUCAAGGACAGGAACGGUAUGCGUCCGCUCCACUAUGCAGCAUGGCAGGGCAAGGCUGACUCUGUCCUUAUGCUGCUGCGGGCCGGAGCUGGAGUCAAUGGGGUCUCACAGGAUGGACACAUCCCCCUGCACCUGGCCGCACAGUACGGACACUAUGACGUGUCUGAGAUGCUGCUGCAGCACCAGUCUAACCCGUGUCUGAUCAACAAAACCAAGAAGACCCCCCUAGACCUGGCCUGUGAGUUCGGUAGAGUCAAGGUUGCUCAGCUGUUGUUGAGCAGUAACAUGGUGGUGGCUCUGUUAGAGGGUAAUAGUAAGGAACCUGCAGACUCAGGCUUCAACACUCCGCUGCACCUCGCCGCACGCAACGGACACAAGGACAUCAUCCAGUUGCUGCUGAAAGCGGGCAUCGACAUCAACAGGGCCACUAAGGCUGGCACUGCCCUGCACGAGGCUUCCCUCUACGGCAAGACGGAGGUGGUCAGACAGCUGCUAGAGGCUGGUAUAGACGUGAACAUCCGUAACACGUACAACCAGACCGCCCUGGACAUCGUGAACCAGUUCACCACCUCUCACGCCAGCAAGGACAUCAAGCAGCUCCUACGAGAUGCUACAGGUGUCCUGCAGGUGAGAGCUCUGAAAGACUACUGGAACAUCCACGACCCCACCGCUCUCAACAUCCGGGCCGGGGAUGUCAUCAUGGUCCUAGAGCAGCACAUGGACGGGCGCUGGAAGGGGCACAUCCACGACAGCCAGAGGGGCACCGACCGGGUGGGCUACUUCCCCCCGAACAUUGUGGAGGUCAUCAGCAGACGCUCAGGGGGCACCCUGUCCCGGCACGCCUCUCUGCCCACCCAGCGCCACCAGCUCCUCUCCAGAUCCCCCCUCUCCUCCAGCCUGAGCUCAGCCCCCCAGACCGACGACUCCUACACACUGUACACCCCCAACAAUCCCCACCUGGCCCUCCCCCACGCCAUCGGCCUCAGCGCCAACCCAGCAGGUGACAGGAACAGUGUAGGGAGUACGGGCAGUGUGGGCAGCACCCGUAGUGCUGGGAGUGGACAGAGCACAGAGAGUAACACUGCCCCCAACGGACAACACCACCAGACCACCGCACUCCCAGACACAGCCAAACCAGCGCCCUCUGCUGGUGACUCAGGGAAACCAGUCCCCAAUAAACAGCCUGACCUGACUGCAGUGGUUCUGGGUGCUCCUCGGAGGCCGAUGGUGAACAUACAGAGACCAGGGGAACAGCAGUUUGUCUCCCCACAGUUUGUACGUCCUCAGCAGCUACUGGAGGGCAAGGAUGCAGAGGCCAUCUACCAGUGGCUGAGUGACUUCCAGUUGGAGCAGUACACUGGGAACUUCAUCACGGCCGGCUACGACGUCCCCACCAUCAGCAGGAUGACCCCAGAGGACCUGACGGCCAUCGGCGUCACCAAGCCAGGCCACCGCAAGAAGAUCUCAAUCGAGAUAGGAAACCUCAGCAUCCCAGAGUGGCUGCCUGAAUACAUCCCGGCAGACCUGGGGGAGUGGCUGAGUACCAUAGGCCUGCCUCAGUACCAAAGGAAGCUGUCAGAGAAUGGCUAUGACUCCAUCAGCAUCGUACGGGACCUGACCUGGGAGGACCUGCAGGAGAUAGGCAUCACCAAGCUGGGCCACCAGAAGAAGAUGAUGCUGGCCGUGAAGAAGCUGUGUGACAUCCAGAGGGCCAUCCUGGCUGCAGAGUCUGGCCAGGGCACGUUGCGCCGCAAGCCCCCUGGAGCCCUUCACCUGGUCACCAUCGAGCCCCCGGACAGCGCCUCCGACUGCCCCUCGCCCCACACCCCCAAGAUGCUGACCUUCCAGGACAGCGAGCUGAGCGCUGAGCUGCAGACAGCCAUGUCCAGCCACUACCAGGAGGGCCUGGCCAUCAAGAGUGCCGUGGGCAUGUCUCGGAGCCAAGAGAGCAUCGACGCCCGGUCCAGGGGCUCAGGGCGCUCCCAGGACCCCCCCACGGCCUCCAUCACUCCCCACAGCCGCUCACAGGAGAGCCUAGGCAGCAGCAGCACCUCCACCAGCCUCAGUGCUGACAGCAGCCCUGCCAAGGAGAGGAACAUUCCAGAAGGCUGGGACCAGAGGUCCAUACUACAGCAGCAGCUUCCCAAGCAGGUCCCCCUGGGGGCAGCCACCGUGUUCAAGUACCCAGCCAUCCCAGCCAAGCCUAAAGGCCCUGGGUCUCAUUCCCUAGGCUCCUCUCCCCAGGGCUCCCCGGCCCAGAGGGGCUUCAGCUACCUCCACUCCCACUGUGGCAGCACCGACCUGGACCACGGCUCGCCCACCAAGCCCUUGGCACACACCUACCACGCCAUGACCCUGGCCCCGCCUAAGAAGCGCAGCCAGAGCCUGACACGCUAUGCCCUGUCAGACGGCGAACCAGACGAAGAGGAUGACGACCUGGCUCCGCCCUCUAGUACCCUAGAGUCCUACGCCACCCUGACCCGCCGGCCCGGACGCAGCCAGCUGGCAGGCAUGCAGACCACACCCGUAAAGUACGGCACUGUGGGACGUAGCCAGUCCUUUGCCGUGCGCGCUCGUAAAAAGGGUCCCCCUCCAGCCCCGCCCAAGAGACUGAGCUCGGUGAGCAGCAGCCCCAGCGUUGGGUCCACUGAGAAUAUGGCGCCCUCUCCUGGGGGGGUGGAGACAGACAGCCCAGGUAGCGUGAGGAGCAUCGCAGCCUGUCUGGAGGCCUCCACUGAGGGGAAGAGCCUGUCCAGGCCCAGGCUGGACCUCCUCCAACCAGAGCCUCCCCUCCCCAGCCUCACCCCCUCAGGACUGGAGCCCAGAGAGGCCUCCGCAGGGAUGAGGAGGAGGGUGCAGAGUGAAUGUGUUCCAGCCCAGACCGACAUCCCAGACCAUUACCCAGACCCAGAGCGAGGGGUGAAGUCAGACUCUGAGGAGGAGGAACCUAAGGCACCGGGGUUGGAUGGCUCCUCAUCCCCUCACAAUAGCUCCAGCGAGUGUAUCCCCUUCGCCGAGGAGGGCAACCUCACCAUCAAGCAGAGGCCCAAGGUAGGAGGGCCGCCCAGGGCCGAGAGCACUGUGGAGAUCCCGGCAGACAAGAACCGGCCCACCAAGACAGCCCUGGAGGUGCCUGAGUUUAACCUGAAGGAGUCAGACACUGUGAAGCGGAGAUACAAGCCUAAAGACCAUGCUGGCAGCUCUCCCACCAGUGACAGUGAGGGCCAGAUAGGGUCAGACUCCAGUCCAGGCAGCAGGCCCCAGUCCCAGAGCUGUGAGGAGGUGAGUCUGGUCAGUCUGAGGAUCAGUGAGGCCAGUCUGGAGGGGCUGGAGAACCUAGCAGUGACAGGCACACCCCUCAAACCCCCCGUCUCCCCCAAGCCUCACAGCUCCCACGGACCCCCCGUCACAGCCCCAAAACCGUCCCGACACAGUCUGGCUGCUGCUACAGCCAUAGUGCCGCCCACUAUGACUGUCAACGUGGUACAGAGUCUUGCCUUCUCAGCCCCACCAUCACCCACACCCAGCCGGUGUCCCCCAGCCCCAGGGCUUCAGUGCCAGGCAGCCCAGACAGGCAAGCCCCAGGUCUGUGUGGUCGGCCCAGGCCCAGGAGUAGAGUCUGGCCCGGGGUUAGAGGUGGUGCAGCAGCAGAGGCUGGAGCAGACCAGCACCUCUCUGGAGGCAGCACUGCAGGCUGUGGAGAGAAAACUCACCCAGGAGGACAGCACUGACGGUGGGGCUAACACAGUGAAGUCAGCGGGCAACAUUCUGGAUGACAUUGGCAACAUGUUUGAUGACCUUGCUGACCAGCUGGAUGCCAUGCUGGACUAAGCCCUCUAUCCACUCCACUGACCAGCCUACUGACCCUUGACCCUUCACCUCAGGAAGUACUAAUGACCAUGAGAGGGAGAAUGGAGCAGGUCACCCCACCUAAGUGUUAUCUCCGACCCCGAUGCCCUUAAAACUACAGACCAACCCCCACCACCAGACUAACAGAAAACAUAUGGGACUACAUUGUAGGAUGUGCCAUGGACUGGGAUGGUUUUAAUGAACAGUGUGGAUCCAUCUCCCUCCUCCCUGCCUCCAUGUUGCCACUUCCUCUCCUUUCAACACCAGCACUUAACUCUGCUCUACAGUGCAUUGCCAUCAGUCACAACAACCCUGUUGGUUUCAACACAGGGCCUGACUGACUGACUGACUGUAGAUACAUGAGGGGUGGACAACAUACUGUACCAGUACACCGUUGUAUUGGGUUGUUUCAUAUAACACGAGUUAAACUGUGUUGGCCUUUUUAUUCUACCCAGCAUCCUCCAUUUCUUCGUCUUGUUGGUGUGCCUUUCUUCCCCUCCUUUCUCACAGUAUCCACCUCUGUGUAAAGUCAUUGUUUGGCCACUGUAGCAGUAGAAAGAGAGAGAGAGAGAGAUAAUGGGGAGAAGUGGAGUGUUUUUAUACUGGCCUAUAGAGGAACCAUUCCUAGACAGAAUAUUACUAUACAAUACCAUUUGUAUUAGACGCUGUAUCUGUCAUUUGACCUUUGUAUUUCACUAUGUCUGACCAUUUCAAUUGGACCUUGUUGAUAUUUUCAAUACUCUUGUAUUUUAUCCAUUUUCUACCAAGUUGACCACAAUGAAAGUGUGUUUGUGUCUUCCUCAAGGCAUGGUGCCAGUACGUUUGUGCUGUUAAAAUCUUUAGUAAUCAUUCUUUAGUAAUACAGAAUGACUAGAUGCUAUAUCGUGUCUGGUUUUAUGAAGCUAUGUAAAACAUGUAGAAGUGCUGGAUAAUAUUGUUUAUACAAAAGGGAAGAAGACCUUAGCUUGUCAAAGCAUAUUUAGCUGUCGUCACUGUCCACACUGUCAAUAUAAGGAGUUAUACGUGCUUUGUACAGCCAAGGGAUGACAUGCAAGAUAUUAAUAAUGUACACUAUUUUUUAAAGAAAAAAUAACAUUUUAAUGUAGAUUAGUCCAACUAGUAUUUAAAUUAGAGUAUCUAAAUAUGUAUAUUGUAUACUUAUAGGUAUAUCUGGGAGCAGAAUCAUAUUCAACCAAAGUUCUUUGUACAGAUUUUCCUUCUAUAUUUUCAAUAUUUCCAUAAAAUGCAGAACCAUUGUUAAGGGGUUCUGGUCUUCCUUAUUGUAACAUGAAUGAAAUGAAUUAUCUACAUGGUUAAAAAACUGUCUUGUUUUUUUCCCCUGUCCACGAAGCAUUAUAUUGCUAUGUUCCAUAUUUGGGCAUGCUAGAGUACUUCUAGCAGGGGGAAUGAACUCUUCUAUGCUGUGUUUCUGUCUUCCUCAUGAACUUUGAAAUCAUUAACCCUGACUUGUAUGAUUGUGUAUUGUCCUCUGUACUGUAAAUGUUUGUGUCGUUUCAGUGUGAAUGUGAUCCCUGGCUGUAACCUGGGUUUCAUCUCUGUCGUUCUCAGGAAUGUCACACCUACUCAGUUCAAGCUGCUCUCACAUUAAACACACACACCUGGCUUUGUGUUAUGGAAGGAGGAACAGUGGUUUUGAAGAGGUGAGGUGAAUGAGAGCCUUGCGUGAAUGUGAAAGAGGUCUGUGUGUCUCAGACGGAACUGAGACCUGCUAGAGGCACCUUAUUUAAGAUGGGUCUGUGGAUAUAUGUUAUACUGUCUUGAGUUAUCAACAUGUCCUUUUUCAUCCAACUGGAUCUUCAUUUGGUUACAGUUAACCAUUAAAUAUUCAAGUCUGA